CUCAGGCUCACGUGGGGCAGAACUUUCUUCCCUACACUUUUUUUUUUUUUUUGCGGGGCAAUGGGGGUUAAGUGACUUGCCCAGGGUCACACAGCUAGUAAGUGUCUGAGGUCGGAUUUGAACUCAGGUACUCCUGAAUGCAGGGCCGGUGCUUUAUCCACUGCGCCACCUAGCCGCCCCCUCUUCCCUAUACUUCUACACCCAAGGAAACCCAGCCUGAUCCCGGGCGACCCCUUCGCAGCUCCCGGUUUCGCAGCCCAGCCCAGGCUGAGAUAAGGAGGGAGUGGGAGCGCUCUCAAGUCUGAAGUUUGGCCUGCUGGGCACGCCGGGAUGUGUAGUCCUCCUCGGCCCCUGGAUCUCUCCGGCCUCCGCCGCGGCGCCGCUGGACUACACUUCCCAGUGUUCCUCGCGGGCUCCGCUUUUCCUCUCGCCCCCUGGCGGACGCGGGCGCUAGUCUCAGGCGCCUGAGGGUUCCUCGGGACGCAGAGCAUCCGCGAGGCUAGACCAACCUGCUGCUGCGCUGCCCCGGCACCGGCCCGGCUGCUGCGGGAGGGCGGGAGGGCACAGCCUCCUCUAGGAAGUCAGACCCCCUAGAACAAUGAAGAGUGUAGCCAAAACCUGGAGCACAACAGUAAAGCAAGGGACCCAUGGGAUUGAGAGGGGACGUCCCCUCCCUCCAGCUACUUCCGGCAUGAAGACUUCCAAAUCUUCUACAUCACUGGCUUUUGAGUCUAGACUCAGCAAGCUAAAGAGGGCCAGCAGCGAUGACAUGCUCACCAAACCAGGCAGUGCCAGCCCCUCAGGAGUCGUCAGGAUGAAGAAGACGGCUACUUCUGGUGCCAUCUCGGAGCUCGCGGAGAACCGUAUCAAGAGCUGCGUAGGACCGAUUUCAACCACCAAGCGGACAGGGAUUCCGGCUCCUCGGGAACUCUCGGCCCCGGUCUCGAGAGAGAGAUCCGCCCUCCGCGGUCCCAGCAGUGCCAAGAAGCCCAUCCCCAGCCCCAUAUCUUCCAGUACUCCCACUCCCACCAAGCACGUACGAGGCGCCAGUAAAUCCAAGCAGGAGAAUGACGCGGGGGACAAAGCCUUGCUGGAAUCCCAGGUCCGGGAACUCCUGGCAGAAGCCAAAACGAAAGAUUUCGAGAUCAGCAGGCUCCGGAGCGAACUCAAGAAGUUCAAGGACAAAGGGUCCCCGAACGGCGCGGAAGGGCCGGACGCCUUUGACCAGAAUGGCGACGGGCUGUUGUCCCCCUCGGGGGAUCUGGACCCUUUGAUAAGAAGCCUCCAGGAGAAAAACAGACAUUUUCAGAAAGAGCUGGUCGAUCUCGGGGAAGAAAACCGGGCCCUGAAGCAGAAGUUGGCCUACAUGGAGCAUUCCCCCAGCUCGGAGGCGGCCACGAGCCACGACGGGGACAGCAGCCUGCCCACCCCGACCACGCAGGAGUCCAGCUUCGGGAGCCCCACGAGAAGCCAGCUCCCAGGGGAAACGGAGGAAUACAAACAGCCGCUGCCCGGGAGCACCUUGCGCACGUCGGGCUCCUCGAGCAGCGACGUGACCAAGGCCUCCCUGUCCCCGGACGCCUCGGACUUCGAGCAUAUAGCCGAGGCUCCAUCCAGGCCCCUGUCAUCGGGCAGCAACCCCUUCAAGAGCCCCCGGUGCUCCACGGGCGGCAGCUCGCCCAACAACAUAAGCGAGCUGUCGGUGGCGUCGCUCACGGAGAAGAUCCAGAAGAUGGAGGAGAACCACCACAGCACCACGGAGGAGCUGCAGGCCACGCUGCAGGAGCUGUCGGACCAGCAGCAGAUGGUGCAGGAGCUGACGGCCGAGAACGAGAAGCUGGCGGACGAGAAGACUCUGCUGGAGACGUCCUUCCACCAGCACCGGGAGCGGGCCGAGCAGCUGAGCCAGGAGAACGAGAAGCUGCUGAGCCUCCUGCAGGAGCGGGCGGCGCAGGGUGAGGAGGCCGCCACGGGAGCCGGGGGUGGCGGCGGCGGCGGGAGCGCCGGGGCCGGGGGCCGCGACGACAAGGUGCUGGAGCUGGAGCAGAAGUGCACGGAGAUCCUGGAGAACGCCCAGUUCGAGAGGGAGAAGCUGCUCAACAUCCAGCAGCAGCUGACCUGCAGCCUGCGCAAGAUCGAAGGCGAGAACCAGGGCGCGGCCGAGCUGAUCGCGCGCCUCCGGGAGGAGAACGCGCGGCUGAGCGGCCUGCUGGAGACGGAGCGGCGCAGCGGCAGCCUGGCAGCCCAGGCCCUGGACGACUGCCGCGUCAGCCUGGAGGCGCUGCGCCUCGAGAACGCCGCCCUCAAGGCCCAGCUGGACGGCGAGAAGCAGAAGGCGGCCGAGCUCGGCGCCACCGGGCACGCGAGGGACGCCUCCGAGGUGCAGGACAAGCUCAAGGCCGCGCGCGCCGAGAAGGACCAGCUGGAGCUGUCCUGCGUGGAGCUCAAGCAGGAGCUGCUGAAGGCCAACAGUGAGAUCCAGCACAUCCAGAGCAUGCUGGCCAAGGUGGAGAAGGAAUGUAGUUACCUAAAAGAGGUAUGUGACCGGCAGGCAGAUCAGCUGAGUCGGACCAGCCUGCAGUUGCAAGAGAAAGCCUCAGAGAGUGACGCCGAGAUCAAGGACAUGAAGGAGACCAUCUUUGAGCUGGAAGAUCAGGUGGAGCAGCACCGAGCUGUUAAACUGCACAAUAACCAGCUGAUUAGUGAACUUGAAAAUAACGUGAUGAAGCUUGAGGAACAGAAGCUGGACUUGGAGCGGCAGCUGAAGGCUCUGACAAAGCAGAUAAAGGAGGAGACGGAGGAAUGGAGGCGUUUCCAAGCCGACCUUCAGACAGCGGUGGUGGUGGCCAACGACAUCAAGUGUGAGGCCCAGCAGGAGCUCCGCACGGUCAAGCGGAAGUUGCUGGAGGAAGAGGAGAAGAACGCCAAGCUCCAGAAGGAGUUGGGGGCCGUGCAGGGGAACAGCAGGACUGUAAAUGAAGAGCCGGAUUCCUCAGACAUGGAUGGCCCCAGCCGGUGGCAAGGGGUGUGCGUGAGCAGAACUUCCCCAACACCUGCAGAGUCCGCAGCUACUGUUAAGUCACUGAUCAAGUCAUUUGACUUGGGAUGCUCAGGUGGCACGGGGCAGAGCGUCUCUGUGCACAAGACCCCCCGGAGUCCCCUCAGUGGAAUUCCAGUGAGGACAGCACCAGCAGCUGCAGUCUCCCCCAUACAGCGACAUUCCACCUAUAGCAGCAUGAGGUCAGCCGGCAAGGGGAUGACUAAGCUCUCCGACCUGCCAGACCUUCCACUCACAGACAUCCUAAAGGGAAGAAAUGAGGACCUGAAACCGGACCAUUACCUCCGUAAGAGCCCCUCGCUCGAGUCCCUGAGCAGACCCCCUUCACUGGGCUUCAGUCAUGCCAGGUUGCUGACCCCUACCCCUGGGGGCUUGAAACCACAGAGCAAACUCAGUGUGGAAAGAAAGGAUCCCCUGGCUGCUCUGGCCCGGGAAUAUGGUGGCUCCAAGCGGAAUGCAUUGCUGAAAUGGUGUCAGAAGAAGACAGAGGGCUAUCCGAACAUCGACAUCACCAACUUCAGCAGCAGCUGGAGCGACGGCCUGGCCUUCUGCGCCCUCCUUCACACCUACCUGCCCGCGCACAUUCCCUACCAGGAGCUGAACAGCCAGGAGAAAAAAAGGAAUCUCUUACUGGCCUUCCAAGCUGCAGAGAGCGUUGGUAUCACCCCCAGCCUGGAACUCAGCGAGAUGCUGUACACGGAUCGUCCCGACUGGCAGAGUGUCAUGCAGUACGUGGCCCAGAUCUACAAGUACUUUGAGACCUAAACCCCUCAGGAGGAGAGAGAUGGAGGAGAGACAGGAGAAAGGGGAAUGCCACAGAAGCACUCAAUCACUUUAUAGAGGAAACAAAAAGAAAAGAAUUCUCCAUCCUGUUCCACCGGCCAACCGAGGCUCCUGGUUCCGA